CAGUAGUAGGAAGUCACUAGUCAGUAAGCAGACGGCCAAGAGGUCAUGCUAGAGUUUUGUACACGGCGUCCACUCAAUCCCUAUUACAGUUCUGUCACAACUUCUCACGGAGAUCUGUAAAGCUUCCUAUCAUCUCGCAGUCCUCAGGAGAACAUGGGUCUGCUGACGAAUUAUGUGGUCCCCUUCCUGAUGGAGAACUGGUUGACGGUGGGUGUAGCGUGUCUGGCGGUGGUGGUGGUGAAGUUUGUCCUUUAUUGGUCCACCUUGAACCAAUUCACCCCAGAUCAAGGCAAGAGUCCUUCCACCCGCACCACCCCUGCAGCUAGCCAACCAAAGUCGGGAAGGCGCAAUGUUAUAGAAUCUGGAGGUGUCGGUGACGCUGAUGACGAUGAACUCAACGAUCCCAACGUGGUGGAUCCCCUGUGGCCAGAGGACCUCGAACACAUCCCUUACAAACACACCAGAAUGUCGCCAGAGGAGAGCAUCAAGAAGUCACAGGAGUACUACCAGUUAAUGAACCAACGUCGCUCAAUUCGGUUCUUCAGUUCUGACCCCGUACCUCGUGAGGUCAUCGACAACGUUAUCAAGGCGGCAGGCACAGCACCGUCGGGAGCACACACUGAGCCCUGGACCUUCGUGGCAGUACAUGACCCUGACGUGAAGCAACAGCUGAGAUCCAUUGUUGAGUCUGAGGAAGAGAUUAACUACACAAAGAGAAUGGGUAGCCAGUGGGUGAAGGAUCUGAAGGGAUUAAAAACGAACUGGGUGAAGGAGUACCUGACGGAGGCACCGUGGAUCUUGCUGGUAUUCAAGCAGGCGUAUAGUUUGCUACCUGAUGGCCGUAAGAGGAAUCACUACUACCACGAGAUCUCCACAGCCAUAGCCGGUGGUAUCCUUCUGACGGCCAUACACACGGCGGGGCUGGUGACCUUGACCUCGACACCACUCAACUGCGGGCCAGCCUUCAAGACCCUCCUGCAGCUUUCCGACAACGAGAAGCUGCUGCUGCUGCUCCCUGUCGGCUAUCCGGCUAGCGACGCCACCGUCCCCAAAUUCUCGCGCAAACCCCUUGAUAAGAUCAUGGUUGUAGUAUAGUGCUGUGGCUGUAAUGGUGUGACGUAGUAUUAGAUCAGCUGUCUUAAGUGAGGUAUGUUAUUGGUAUAUGGGAUUUAAAACAUGACUAUAUUACACAAAUAAAAUCUAUAUAAUGGC